AAACCAAAGCACGCAGAUAUUCUUCACAGAAUUUUGGGGAAGAAAAGAAUUGGAGCAGAAAAUGAGCGAGCAUUUGGAGUCUGCGAGGAAAUACAUAGAGAAAAGAAGCGAAAACGCAUCACGGGCUGAUGGAUUGCCCACCAGAUUCUGGGAACCCUUGAUCAUGAGCGGUAUCAAGAUCGAUCUAAUCGAACCUGGCCGCGUCCUCUGCUCCAUGAAGAUACCCCAACGUUUAAUUAAUGCUGGUAAUGCCUUGCACGGCGGUGUGACGGCAACCUUGGUAGAUUUGGUUGGGAGUGCUGCAAUUAGCAGUUCGGGAGCUCCAGUAGGAGUUUCGGUAGAGAUCAACGUUUCAUACUUAGAUGCUGCCUAUGCCAAUGAGGAAAUUGAGAUCGAGGCCAGGACACUACGCAUUGGAAAAGCUGUUGGGGUUGUCAGCGUUGAGUUAAGGAAGAAGAAGACUGGUAAACUUUUUGCGCAGGGGCGUCAUACCAUGUAUCUUGCUGUUUCAAGUAAAAUGUGAAAUUCCGCAAACACAGAUUAACAAAUGUUUCAAUGUUUCCAUGGUUGCCCCCAGUGGAGUAUCCCCUGAAUCUUCCUUCAUGAAAGUAUGAUCAUGAUAAAGAAACAGACCAAUAGUUCAGUUUCAAAUCCUCCUAAUGUAAUAUCAAAUGUUCUGUAUAUUUCAGUUUAUGCAUACUGAAUGAAUCCCAAAGCUAUGUGAUUUGUUUUGUUAAUUAGGUGUUAAAACAGUGAUCUUCCCCCAA